AUGUGCUUCCACCGUCGCCUCGUCUUCGGCUGCGCCCAUCAUGCCUGGCUGGGCAUCACCCGGCCAUGCGAAACCGAGGCGUCCUUCGACCGUGGCGAGACCGACACGGGAUGCGGCGUCAGGUGGUCGCACGGGUACGACACGAUCCGCGUCCGGGCCAAGUGCCGCACAUGCAUCAAGGCCCAGGAGGGGACCAGCUUCCGGCUCGGCAUCGUCAAGGAGCAGCUCAAGGCGCUCAGGGAGCACCUCACGCUGAUCAAGGGCGAGUCGCUGGAGACUGUUCGGGAAGAGGAGGAGAAGGAGAAGGGGAAGGAGAAGAAUGAGGAGUGGCUUGGGGAGCAGUUGGGUCGCUUGGACGAGGUUAUGGAAGAGGUAAGAAUUGACCCCAAGCACCGCGCCCUGAAGCUGCCUUCUAUCGUGUCGCCGUCGAGGGUUGUUGAAGGAGGGAACGAAGGCUCAGACAUUUUCUUCCUCAGCCGUACCUCCUUUCUCAGAGCCACCGUCGCGACCACUCUCGCUUCCGAACCCGGUUCCCCCCCCAUGACGUUGCCUAUCAAUCGUAGUCGACUAACUACUAGCUUGAAGGUGAGACGUUGGGGCGAGAUUAGAACAAGACAGCAAGAAUACGGCGCCCCCAAAUCCGAGUCGAGCAGAAAAAGCUGGCUGCAGAUGAAGGCAAACGACCGACCCGAGGCAUCCCCGCCGCCGUCCGGGGCGAAAGAUGACGGCUCUUGGGCCGACAGCGUCCGGGACCAUCUCGGCGUCCCUCAGAACUGGAUCGCCCCCGUGGCCGCCGCAGCCCUCACGCUGGGUGCCUUUCGAUUUUACCAGUCGUACCUGCGCCGCAUCCCCACCGCCGACCACAUCGCCCCGAGCUUCUUCCGCCGCCGUAGCCUCUUGGGCCAAGUCACCAGUGUCGGAGACGGCGACGGCUUCCACCUGUUCCACACUCCCGGCGGCCGCCUCGCCGGCUGGGGCUGGCUGCGGCGCGUUCCCAAGGAGAGGAAACAGCUCAAAGGACAAACUAUCCCCAUUCGCAUAGCCGGCAUCGACGCCCCCGAGGGCGCGCACUUUGGCCGGCCGGCGCAGCCCUUCGCCGCCGAGGCGCAGGCCUUCCUCGAGAGCUACGUGCUGAACCGCCGCGUGCGCGCCCGCGUCUACCGGCGCGACCAGUACGAGCGCGUCGUCGCCACCGUCUACGUGCGCCGCCCGCCCUUCUUCUUCCCGCGCCGCGACCUCGGCCUCGAGAUGCUCCGCCGCGGGCUCGCCGUCGCCUACGAGGGCAAGGCGGGCGCCGAGUUCGGCGGCGCCCAGAUGGAGGCCCGCUACCGCGAGGCCGAGGCCGCCGCCAAGAGGAAGAGGAGGGGCCUGUGGGGGGCCGCGGCGGCGGAGAGGCGGGGCCGCGGCCUGUUUGGUAUCGGGGCGCCCGCCGCCAAGGGCCUGGAACCGGAGACCCCGAUGGCGUACAAGAAGCGGAUGAGGGCACUGGAUGGGUUGAACAAGGGGCGAGAGGGGGGGAGACGGCAAGUUAUGAAUGAAUGA